AUGACAUCUUCUUCGAUUAGGAGACAAAUGAAAAACAUUGUGAACAAUUAUUCAGAGGCUGAAAUAAAAGUUCGGGAAGCGACUUCAAAUGACCCCUGGGGCCCAUCGAGCUCCUUAAUGACCGAAAUAGCAGAUCUAACAUACAAUGUGGUGGCCUUUUCUGAAAUCAUGAGCAUGAUCUGGAAGCGGCUGAAUGACCAUGGCAAAAACUGGAGGCAUGUUUAUAAGGCUUUAACUCUUUUGGAUUACCUGAUUAAAACUGGGUCGGAAAGGGUGGCACAACAGUGCAAAGAGAACAUCUUUGCUAUCCAGACUCUGAAGGAUUUCCAGUACAUUGACCGGGAUGGUAAGGACCAGGGCAUCAAUGUGCGGGAGAAGUCCAAGCAGUUGGUGUCCCUCCUGAAAGAUGACGAUCGGCUCAAGACAGAGAGGGCCCAAGCCCUGAAGACCAAAGAGCGUAUGGCACAGGUGGCCACUGGGGUUGGUAGUAAUCAGAUCACCUUUGGCAGAGGCUCCAGCCAGCCUAAUCUCUCCACCAGCUACUCGGAGCAAGAAUAUGGCAAAUCAGGAGGCUCUCCAGCCUCUUAUCACGGGUGUAAGUAUUUUCGUAAUACAUUUAUUUGUCACUUGCUACCCAAAUGUCUCAAAAGCAACCUACAGUUAUAAAAGGAUACAUUAAACAAUUUUUUAAAAAGUACAUUAUAAAAACAACAACAAGCUGUAUGCUUGAUUGAGGGGCUUCUGUUCUCUCUUCUGAUUGGUGGGUACAUCAAAGGAAAUGUGGAUUUUCAAGCCAAUUGUGUAGAACCUGUGAGGUGUGUGCAGUUAGCCAGUUGAGAUGGGUACGUGUGAAGCAAAAGAGCCUCUUAAUUUGGAGGCUGUGCGGGUUGUAACUCGAUGUGUUUUACUGGUAAAACUGCACAGUGCCCUGUAUCACAUGUUUUUGGGUGGAGCACUUAAAAAAAGAGCCAGAACUAUACUUACCAUGACAGAGCCCUCAAUUAUCUUGAUAGAAGGAGACUGAGAAUAGGUGUUGUACUAGAAAAACUAUGCUACUGUAUCACUUUGUGAAAAUUUAUCACUGUUGGAGAUGGCUGUUACAUAAAAUUUACUAGUAACAUAGUGAAUGAACACAGUAGAAGUGAAAAUGGGCAACUGGAAUACCGUUUUUUAAAUAUCACUGUUGUAAUUAACUUUCCCCAGGUGACUAUCCUUAGGAAACACAUCUAAUAGGCCCAGUAAAUGAGAUCAGCAUAAACAAAGAAGCAUGUGGGUACCCAGAGCAAAAAUAAUAUCUGCUUCACUCCUUUCCUAGUCUUGCUGCUGCAUCACUACUGGAGCCAAGCUAUGGUUUGGCUUAGUGCUUUGUGUGAACCUGGGCUGAUGGUUUAUCUCUCCCAAAUGAAUUCUGGAUGGUAAGCCAAGAACGGUAAGCCAAGAACAAACCUUGGCUACAGCUUGUGGCUUGUUUCAAGAGACAAACCAUGAGUCCAGGGUCAGACAUAACAUCUAAGCAAAUCAUGACUUAGCUUAGUGUUAUUGUGGCAGUAGGAGAAAUGGGGACCGUGUUAUGGGUGAACUAGGCCAUAUAUAUUUGUACACAGGUCUUUAUGCAAAACUUAGCGAAUUAACAGUUCACAUUGCCACUGCUUCUUAAAAUGUAAUGCUAAGGGAAGUGUUCACUAUUCAGUUGUAAUGUUCUGAAAUAUUUACAAAUACUGCAUGGCUGUCAAGGCUAGUAGCUAUUGAUAGCGUGAUCCUCCAUGAGUUGGUCUGAUGCUUUGGGGUGCAGAGGAAGCUACCUGAGUCAGUGGCCCUUUUGUCAUCUAAUUGCAUGUUAGUCCAGCCUUGUAAAUAGGUCAUCCAAAGCAACUAGCCUUAAAUAAAAAAAUUACUGGUCUGCUGAGAGGGUUGUAGCUUGUGUUUCUAUGCUGGCUAUGUAAGAAACACAAUGAGGAUGCAUGCUACUGGUCUUUUAGCAGACUACUAAAAAGCCGCCUGUUACUAAGCAGACUUCUGGAGGGACACAGAGCAAUAUGUAUGUCGUCAGUCCUAUAACUUCACUGAUCUUGUAGUUUUUAAUGUUAUUAGACAUUUAUUUCCCACCAUGCGUGAUAAUAUUAUAAACUUUUUUCUGUUGAAUAUUCAUACAACCGAUUAAGUAAAAAAAAGUAUUCCAUAAAAAUGUGUUAGUUUUAAAAGAGUGACAAGACUCUUUUUGUUCUUAUUCUCAACUGUUCUGUGAUUAUUAACUGUUUUGUUUGUGGGUAGUUACGGGUGCUUGAAAAUCAGUGGUUAUGUAUGCUUGGAGUUUGAUGCUUUUUGCCUGACGUGAAUGUAACAUCUAGGUUCCCCAACUCCCUUCAUUUGCUGGAAAGGUCUUGUGUCGCUAAUAUUCAUUACUCGUUACCAGGUCUCAUUAUUUGGCUUUAGUAUCAUGGUGCCUUUUUUUAAAAAAAAGUGCUUUAUGUUUUUCCUGUCCAGCUUCUGAAGUGUGAGCGUGUGCACACACGUGUGUGCGAGCGCACUCCUAAAUAGUGAAAACUGAUAGCCUUUCUGGAACUCCCUCUUCCCCUUUGUUUGCUCUUCCCAUACUGGCCUUCAUUCACAUGCAUUCCAGUCAAUUAAUUUGGGAUGAAAACUGAUACCUGUUCUUUCCAGAAACUAAUCCCCAAUCAAAGAACUAAAACGAAGGAUAGAUAUAGUGUUGCUGUUGGAAUAUUGCUUGUUUGGAAAGGGUAAUGUAUUUGGUAGUUUACCCUUAUUUAAUAUCCUGCUGUGUAGUAGAGGGUAGGGAAAAGUUACCAUGUUUCUUUACUCCUUCCCCCCACCCCCAAAGGUGGGGCUGUUGCUUUGAAAGCCCUACGAUGUUUCAAGUGUGGGGGGGAAAGGGCUACCUGCAGUGUGAAUGCAAGAAGCCCAAGCAAGCUACAAGGAGCUUCGGGGGCAAAGGGGCCGGAGGCAAGAACUCUAAAUAUAUGCAUGAUUUUUCUUCUUUGCAUAUCCCCCUCCUUACUUCAAACUGUAUUAAAAUCACAAUUGAACCCCAUAUGGGCUCCAUCCGAGCUGUCUUUUUGCUGCUUUCAUUUGAUUACAUUCAUGGAUUAUGUGACUGCAGAACUUGAAAGCUGUGGGGUGAUCAGUCACCACUACCUGUCUUACUCAAAGUCACCUCUGCUUCAGUGUUACUCCAGGGUCAGAGUGGAGUGGAGCUGCUUCACUUGGUCUCUGGGAUGGAACUUGUUGGACCAGUGUCAGUGUGAACUCCCCCCCCCCCCACACAUCAUUAUCAUAUAUCUGAUUUAUUUAUCACCAAAUGCAGAACUUCUCUAGGCAGUUUACAUACACAAUAAAUAGACAACUGUCAAGUUUAACUGUCAGCAAUACCCCAAAUGCACAUGCAUGUGUGCAUGCACACACAGAAAAAAGGAGCAUGAUUGUGAUUAUCCCCCCAAAUCCAGGAAGAUGAGGUAUGUCUGGUGCUAAAAGGAAGUACCGGUAAAUGGCUGUGUCAGGUGGGUCUUGCUGGGAGCCAUUUUCUGUAGCUGCUCAUAGAUUGUGCAAAUCCCUCCCAAGAGAGUUUAAACCAGGGGUCAGCAAACUUUUUCAGCAGGGGUCUGGUCCACUGUUCCUCAGACCUUGUGUGGGGCCGGACUAUAUUUUGGAAAGAAAAGAAAAAAAGACCGAAUUCCUAUGUCCCACAAAUAACCCAGAGAUGAAUUUUAAAUAAAAGCACACAUUCUACCCAUGUAAAAACACCAGGCAGGCCCCACAAAUAACCCAGAGAUGCAUUUUAAAUAGAAGUACACAUUCUACUCAUGUAAAAAGCACGCUGAUUCCUGGAUCGUCCGCGGGCCGGAUAUAGAAGGCAAUUGAGCCGGCUCCGGCUCCCGGGCCUUAGUUUGGCUACCCAUGGUUUAAACUGUCUCCCUCUCUGUUUGUUAUCCUUUUGCUGGGUAGGCUAAGACUUUCCUGUUCAGGUAAACCUUUGGAAACUAAGGUGCAGGCAUAAAGGCCAACAGGGUUUUUGAUGCUGGUUCCAAAUGCGUUCUGAUAUAUUUGAAUUAUUACUUUUAACUAGUUUGUUUUUUAUAUUUUAUAAUGUUGGGUUGUUGUUUUUUUACUGUUGUAAGCGGCUUCAAACCCCAGCAUAGGAGAAUGGCAAGAUACAGAAAUAUUUAAUAAUAAUAAUAAUAAUAAUAAUAAUAAUGGCUGAAAUCCAGCAAAAAUAUAGAAAAACAUCUAGGAAAAAUGUAUGAAACAUUAUUGCUAAUCUCAGGGACAGAGGAGAAUUUGGUUUUUAAUGACUGCCAAAAUUGGGAAUAUUGUCCCUUUACUGUAGCCUGGGGUUUAUUCCACAAGGCAACAUAGGGCAUUUUUAUGUAAGAGGAAACAUCCUUCAGUGAUUCUCAUGUGGUCUGAGAAGCUUUAAUCUCAAAAAUUCUCAAAGCAGUAACAAAGCAGGGCUUAGGAUGUCAAAAUUGGAUCUAUUCAGUGCCAUCUUGCAUAAACGUCUGAUUUAACUAUCAUGUGCUGUGGAAUAAGAAUCUCUUUGUCUUGCUAAGGCAAUACCCUUUAUGCUAGAGCCUUGCAAAUCAAGCAUUUUGCUGAUAACGCACAGAUCUUUUGGUAAUUCUAGAAAUUAAAAGACUGGAUAAGUGUGUGUGUCGGGGGUGUGUGUGUGUGGAAUGUCAGUACUGAAAUCUUAAUGACAACACUAGCUUCAUUCAUUGAUUUAAAUCUUGCAUGAAACAUGUGAUGACAGGACACUUCAUUGUGUAGAUGGAAUUUAUCGCUCCCCUCAUAAAAUUUAAUGAAAACUGAUUUGGUUUAAUCAGUAUGUCUUAAUAUGAAACACAGUCAAGAAUUUAAAUCGGUCAGAACCAUUGAGCAGAAGAAGCUUUAAAGUGGCUUGAAAAGGUAACUGAAUACAGAAAGCUGUGGUGUGAUGAAGCAGAGUGUCUUUCAGUAUAAUCCAAUGCAUAUUUGCUCAGAGGCAAGCUCAGUGGAACUUAGUCCUUGGAGGUAAGCAUAGAACUGAAGCCUUUUUCCAAAUUGAGAGUGUUGGUCACAGCUGGUACACCAAAAUGUUGAGUAUUGUUUUGUAGCUCAAUGAGAAGUGCCUUGUGGAGUGAAAUAGUCGGCUAGCUGUAUGAUAGGUGUCUGUGUCAUUUGGAGUGGGGAGUUCUAGCAUGGAAGACAGUGCUUUGGCAUAGCUUGCAUGCUGGUAUAUUGGAAAAUGCUGUCCAGCUCGAGGGAUCCAAAAUGGCACUGGUGCCUUCUAGGUCAACUACAACUCCCAUUGUCCCAGAUCGUUGCCCAUACAUGCUGAGGUUGAUGGGAGCAGCAGGAGGAGGAAGAGGAGGCCAAUCGUGGAGCUAAGCGCUGCAUAGCUUUAGUGGCUGGCGACUCGGCCUCCUGGCAACUGGGGAAGCAGCCCCUGGCCAGCGACAGUAGCCACUGGUUGGGUUUGGUCAGACCACAUCUGGAGUACUGUGUCCACUUCUGGACAUCACAAUUUAAGAAGGAUAUUGACAAGCUGCAAUGUGUGAAGAGUAGGGCAACCAAGAUGAUAAAGGGUCUGGAAACCAAGGCUGAGGAGGGACAGUUGAGGGAGUUGGGUAUGUUUAGCCUAGUAAAGAGGAGACUGAAAGGAGAUAUGAUAGCCAUCUUCAAAUAUCUGAAGGGCUGUCACAUGGAGGAUGGAGCAAACUUGUUUUCUCCUGCUCCGGAGGAUAGGAUCCAAACCAGUGGAUUCAAGUUUCAAGAAAGGAGAUUCCUACUAAACAUCAGGAAGAGCUUUCUGACAGUAAGAGCUGUUCGGCAGUGGGACAAACAGGCUCCCAUGAGAGGUGGUGGACUCUCCUUCCUUGGAGGUAUGUUACUUGAGCUCCUUGGAGGAAAAGUGGGAUAUAUAUGUAAUAAAUAACCUGCCUUCCCCAUACAAUGCAAUGGUUCAGUUCACAAUAUACAUGCAAACUAAAAUUUCCAGCCAGAAGUCCCACAUUUGUCCUAGACAAGAGCUCCCUACUUGCUCAGAUUUCGAUUCUAGCCCCAAAGGAGAAGGCAUAAUUCUCAUAGGGACCUUCAGGUAGCCCUCCCUCUUGCAAUAGAGACACCCUCCUCUCAGCAGUAGCCCCAUGUCCUGAGCCAAGAAAGAGCAUGAUCAUCCUCACAUUGGCUUCUCCUCACGGUCGCUAGGUAGCAGAGCGCCAGAAGAGGCAAGAGGGGGAAAGGCCUCUGCCUUGGCAGAUUUAUUCUGCUUUCCUCCCUAAAAGAUAAUGAGCAAAGGCAACACAGCAAAUUUGACAUCCCAAAAGUAACUCCAGAGGCUGGUGACUCUGAUCGCCAAUGACUCCCCAGAAGCUUUAACUAGAUGGAAAAAUAUCCACCUCCACACUUAUGCAGUGAAUUAGAGGGGCAGUAGCUCUUAAACAUGGGUGGCGCUGUGGGUUAAACCACAGAGCCUAGGACUUGCUGAUCAGAAGGUUGGCAGUUCGAAUCCCCGCGACGGGGUGAGCUCCCGUUGCUCGGUCCCUGCUCCUGCCAACCUAGCAGUUCAAAAGCACGUCAAAGUGCAAGUAGAUAAAUAGGUUCCGCUCCGGUGGGAAGGUAAACGGCGUUUCAGUGUGCUGCUCUGGUUUGCCAGAAGCGGCUUAGUCAUGCUGGCCACAUGACCCGGAAGCUGUACACUGGCUUCCUCAGCCAAUAAAGCGAGAUGAGCGCUGCAGCCCCAGAGUCGGCCACGACUGGACCUAAUGGUCAGGGGUCCCUUUACCUUUACUAGCUCUUAAAAACUUAGGCUGGUGGGAACGUAGUGCCUGCAGCCACCAUAGUAUUAUAUGUUGAAAUUGCUGCACUCUCUUGUAGAUUCCUCCCUCAUCAGCAUCUCCCCAGCUGUGUACAUUCAGUUAUGUCAAAUGGGAAACAUCGGCUUGUGGAACUUGCAGUAUUUUCUCUGGGCCUGUAACUUUUGAGAGCAGGCCCUCGUGGUCCCUUCAAACUCUACUACAAUUCUAUGAUUCCAUGAAAAACAUGUUAUUAGAGGCAGAUCUUGAAGGAGCUCUUUAAGGAAGAGCUUGUGUGUGUGUGUGUGUGUGUGUGUGUGUGUGUGUGUUUCUUCAUUGCUCCACCCCCCUGAGAUGAGUGGCAAUAAAUGUUGGUGGUUUAGAUGCCAGGGUUACUUUCCCCCCAGGCAGUUCAGAGCACCUUACUGAUCUUGCUAGAUGUAAAUGGAUUCUUACACGAUUUGGACUUUGAUUGUGCUUAAUGUUUUGAUUUGGGGACCUUAUGGUCAAAAGGUGGGGCAAAAAUAUCAUAAACCUGUGGCCCAGCUGUGUAUAAUCUAGAACAGUUGGUUCUCAGGAUGACUAAUAGGAAUUUGCUGAAACAUACUUGCUAAAAUCGAGUUGGGCUUGUGCCUUUUGUUUUCUCCAAAUAGCUACAUCACCUCGAGUGUCUUCAGAGUUGGAGCAGGCGCGGCCUCAGACGAGCGGGGAGGAAGAGCUGCAGCUGCAGCUGGCCCUGGCAAUGAGCAGAGAAGUUGCAGAACAGGUUAGUUUCUCUUGUAGUUUUGUAAGUGUUAGUGUAUACUUAUUGGCCUACAUUAAGAAUUCCAUACCAGGUGGUGGAGAGGAGACAGCAUGUAGGGAUUGAUGGUCCCUUUCCUUAUCAAGCAGCUCAAAGUAAUUUGAGAAAUUUGCCAAGAAAAGUUGCCUCCUGGCUUCAGUGAUCCAUGAUAACUGACAGCAGCAGUUAUUCAGCAUGUGUUCAGUAUUAUGAAGCAACAGCUGCCGCCAAAUGUGCGAACUCUCCUUUCGGAAACGACAGUAGUCCAUCUAGUAGGGAAGCAGAGUGUUAGAACUGCAGGACGGUGUGCUCGCUCAAGUCAGUUUUCCAGUUUGAGCACUGAAAACAGGAACUCUCCGAUGGUGGCGAAGUGCGUAGCCUCAAAAGAAAGUACCGUAUUUUUCGCUCUAUAAGACGCACCAGACCAUAAGACGCACCUAGGUUUUUGGAGUAGGAAAACAAGAAAAAAAAUAUUCUGAAUCUCAGAAGCCAGAACAGCAAGAGGGAUUGCUGCGCAGUGAAAGCAGCGAUCCCUCUUGCUGUUCUGGUUCUGGGAUAGCUGUGCAGCCUGCAUUCGCUCCAUAAGACGCACACACAUUUCCCCUUACUUUUUAGGAGGGAAAAAGUGAGUCUUAUAGAGCAAAAAAUAUGGUAAAUGCUUGUCAGUGGAAGGUACAAGUUUUGAAAGAGGAGUUGGAUCAUUUUGGUAUUUAUGUAUUGAUAAAAAAAAGCACAGCAUGGCCAAUUCAAAACAGAGAGCAGGGGGAUAAAAAUGAACAGAGCGAAACAGUAUUGAAAUCACGGCUUUAUUUAAAAGGCUUUGGGAAAUUGGAAGUUCUUUUCCUGGUGUCACAAGGAGUGGGCAGGGGUGGGGAUUCCACGGUUGGGGGCUGUUAUUAGAAAGGCGCUUUCAGGGCCCAGGUGGACAUGCCCAGGUGAGGCUCCAAUACGUGCCCCCCCCACCUACCGUAGAAAUGAGAUGCUGGGUGCAUGCCUAGGCUUCAUGGGCAGCUUGUCCUUCCUGAAGGAGGAAGGGCUGGAAGGCAGAGAACCUAGCCGGGUACAGAGAGCAGAAUGGGCCACCCUCUACCCCACCACUCCCGAGUGGUGCAGCUGUCAGCAGCACCCACCCCAUCCUCCAGAGCACAGGCUGCUCCAGCAGCGACUGCCUGUUGAUACACGGGAGCUUCUGGGCCAGUGGGGGCUGCGAGCCCCACCCAGCAUUACCUCAGCUAGCAGGAGCACCGCAACCACACUGGCUAUCGUGUCCUAGGCAGACGGGCGCAAAUGUCGGUUGUUAUGUGGGGCCUCCAGGAUGAGGGGUUGGACUCAAUGACCUAUGGGACGCCUUCCAUCUGUACAAUUCUAUGAUUCUGUGAUUCUUAUAGCUCCUGCAUUUACCUAACUAGAUAUUUGAGCUUUAGUGUGCUUAGCUUGUUGGUAGAGGCUCUGUCAGUGAAUGAAGGAUGGUGGUGAACCAAGCAUGGGAAAUGAAAGGGGGGGGGACUUUCUUAAUGGUAGCCCCUACGCUACAAUGCCCUCUCUAAAUAAAUCUUUUUGCUCACCUCUUUUCUCUUGAUUUUUUGGUCUUUACUGCCAAGGGAAGGUUUGACUGAGCUUUUGGUUUUACUGUUUGUUCUUAGAUGUAGAAGUUCUUAGUGUCCAGCUAGUUUUGUCCUCUAGCUGGACUAGUAGUCUGCUGCUUAACUUUGGCUGGCUAAAACUUAGUGACUCAUACAACUAUAAGAACAUAAGAACAGCUUGGCUGAUGGAUCAGGGCAAAGGUCUAUCUAGUCCAUCCUCCAUCCUGUUGUCACAGUGGCCAACCAGAUGCCCAUGGGAAGCCUGCAAGCAACAGCACUGUUCCCCACUUGCGAUUCCCAGCAAAUGUUGUCCAGAGGCAUACCGCCUCCGACAUUAGAUCUUUCUUUUUUCCUCUUGAAUAGUCUGUUGUUUGUUUUUUUUUUAAAAAAAUCUUCUUACAUUCCCAUCCUGUCUUCCUUUCAUCACAGAACUCAUGGUGGCAGUGUCUAAUGUUAAUUAAAUUAUAUUAGGCUGUCUUUUAAAAAGAUUUGUGUAGCUUUGGCUUCCACCCGUAGAGGACCCGUUGUUUUUAAACCUGGCAUGAAUGAAGUAACAAUGGAUGACUGUUAUAUGACUCCCACUCUCAUCUUUUCCCCUCCCCACUGGGACCUCUUUUUCCAGGAGGAGCGCCUUCGGCGUGGCGAUGAUCUGAGAUUGCAGAUGGCUUUGGAGGAAAGUCGCAGAGAUACAGUGAAAAUUCCCAAAAAGAAGGAGGUAGGCCUUGGGUCAGUGAAAAUAUUCCUAGCCAUCACAGGGAAGGUUCGGAUGCACUGGCUAUGCAGUUAGGAAUGGAUGGGGUGCUCUCCAGUUGUGUAAGCAUGUGAAAGAGUGCAUGGUUGUAAUUCCCCGCCCCCGGCGCUGGGAUAAAAGCCCAAAUAAGCAGCUAAGGGCAUGUGAAAGAGCAAGAUGAUGCAUUUUCUUUCCUUGCAAUCUCUCUGUCCCUCUCUCUCUAAAUGAGUUAUGUGUCUACUGGAGAUGUUGUGCCCCUGCUAAAAAUAAACCUCUUCAUCUGCAGCACGGAACUCUGCUGGACCUGAUGGAUGCCCUGCCCUCUUCAGUGCCAGCUCCUCAGAAAGGAGAGCCGUGGGGGCCACCACCUGCAGCAAGCCAAGCUGACCCAUGGGCCCCCUCUACAGUUAGCAGUUCCACCUCAGACCCCUGGCAGUCAUUUGGUAAGAACAUGGCAAUCGACGGAUGCUGCAGUGAUGCUCUGUUGACCCUUGUUGUGACUCUCCUGGAUAAAUUACUUCCCUCCAAGGCCACUUUGAGUUUAAAUUUUCUCUCUAGGUUAGUGACCCCCCACCCCCCAUUUUCCUUUUGUAUAUAGCUUAUUCAGUGGUAGACUGUGGCAGUCUGCUGUUGCCUUCCCCUCUGUUUGGUUAGUUAUGAAUAUUGCUUGUGCAGUUGUCAGGGUAAAAAAGAUGAAUUAUGUCCCAAAUGCUAAAACAACAGAAAAUGGAUAAAAGCAGCAAAAAUGGAGAAACCUGGCACUGAAACGAAAAAUAGAAUAAUCACCAGGCAAGCCCCCCUGGAGAUAGAAUUCCAAAGACUGGGGUGGGAGGAGAGGGCUCAAUAUCCUUUGGGACUCAGAUGGGUGGGGUACAAAUGAUAAAUUAUUAUUAUUAUUCCUGUAGAUUCUCUCAGUGCCACCUGCUUUCUGCCACUGUCAUCCCUGUGCAAGCCCCCGCUAUCACAAUUUUUCGGUGCUGGCUGCCAUGCAUGAGACAAUUUGUGAUGGCUGUUUCCUCCUUUUAUGGUCUCACAGGUCUCUUGCGAGAGUAUUGAGCCUUGGUUCUGCUUCGCCUCCUGAUUUUGCCCUGCUGAUUGCUGCAAUAUUAGGAGGGGGGAAAAUAUGAUCUGUGAUUUCCCUAGACCGACCUGAGCAUAUUUGCCUGUGUCGUAGAGAUUGUGGUGGAGUUUUCACUGAUUUCCAAAAAGCAGUUAAUAUGAGAGUGGAUAGGUGUAAUGGAAUGCUCAGUUGACUGAACAGUGUGCUGCUGGCCUCUGGUUUGAAGGUCUCUCUUUGUUUUUUAAAACUUGAUUCUGGUGCUUGCUGAUACAGAACUGCUCUGCUUAUGGCAGAGACGACUUGUCUUCCUUGGAAAGGGGGCUUGGAAUCUCACUGGUAACUAUGCUGUGUUACUGAUGAAGCCACUAUAUUAAGCAGUGACAGAACUCCAAGCCAAGUUGCUAUAAUUAGCAGUGCUACAGCAGUGAAUUAGUUUGUUUUUAAUACUGUCCGUCAUGCGAAAGGAUGUAUUUAUUUGGGGUAGUAUUUAAGCAAUUAAGUUGUUUGUGUGGCUUUUUCUCGCAACCAGUGCUUAGGCAGUAAAAUGUAGCUUUUAAUGUGUUUCAGUUUUUAACCCUUUGGUAAAAUGGUUUUAGGAUUUCAAUGGCCUUUUAAUUUUGGGUGGGUGAGGGAGAGCGCAUAAAAUAUAUGGUGCUUUAUUGAACUGUUGUGGAUUAUCCAGACAUUGUUCCUCAGCUGCUGGAGAAAGUGAAAUGUCCGUGCAGAAGAAUAAGCCCUGUCCUAAUUUUUUUGUAGGGACUGGGAACCAUGCCACUGGUGCCAGGUGGGCAUUCAUGUGAGCCUGGCACUGUUAAGGAAGGGUAGAGCUUUCUAGCACCUGGAAAGGUUCACUUUUCUGAGUGUGUGUGUGUUCCUCUUCAUGUGACACAGCCUUCCUAAUUCGCACUGGAGGUGCGGGAUAAAUAUAUAAAAUUAUGUAUGUAGAAACAUGGCAGAUUAAUGAAAAAAGGCUAAUUCAGAAUCCGUUUCCCAGAUGUGCACUGACUUUCAGCAGACAGGAAGUUCUUUACAUUGGGGAGCAUUCAAAUGCAUUUCCUCUUCCCUGCUCCAUCUUAAAUGUGAAGUGAUCCCAUGUGUAGUUUAGGUUUUAUUCCAAAUUAAAUGCAUAUCGCUCAGCUCUGAAAUGAUCAAACUGGAGAAAUCUAUUAAAGCAACAUUAGUGGUUGCUUUUUUUAAAAAAACAACACAAGAGCCCUGCUGGAUCAGACGAAAGGCCCUUCUUUGGGCCAGAAUGUAUUACCAGGAAAAUGUAUUCUGUUUUGUUUUGUUUUUUAAAAUAUUUUUUAUCAAGUUUUCAACUUUACAUCUUAAAAUAAACAUUUUACGUACUGUUAAAUAUCAAACGACUUCACUCCUUCUAUUUCCUUGAUUCGUUUUAUUAGUCUUUCAUUCCUGCGUAUGUUGCUGUAACCAUAUUAGUCAGUUCUCCACUUUAACAUCACUUGAACAUUAAUUACACUGUUGAUUUUAUCUUAAUGCUGCCAGCAUUUUCAGCUGUGUACAGUUAUUUUCCAUAUACUCAAUAAAUAUUUUCCACUCUUCUUUGAAUAUAUGUUCUUCUUGCUCUCUUAUUCUAUAUGUUAAACCUGCAAGCUUGGCAUAUUCUACCAUCUUAAGUUUCCAGUCCUCUUUGCCUGGGACCUCCCUCACUUUUCAUUUUUGAGCUAACAAAACUCUGGCCAACGUUGUUGCAUACAUAAAUUUUGUUGACACUUAGGGAUUUCAGUCUCGAUUAUUCCCAACAAAAAGGACUCUGGUCUUUUUGGGAAAGUUAUUUUAAACAUUUUUUGCAACUCAUUAGAGAUCAUUGUCCAAUACCGGAAAAGCUAUUUUGGGCACCUGUUCCUGAAGGACAGGUGGGUCUGCUGGCCCUUUGAGGGGAGUGGGGGUGUGUGGACAGUCUGGCUGGAGCAGGUCCUUAUGUGAUCUGGUUGCAUAGGUACCCAGAAAUCAGCUCAGGUUCAUACAGGACAGAAUGUGAAGUGCUUUUAAGGCAAAAGAAUAGGUAAGAAAGCCAGUUAUCUAUGAACAUGUCCUGAGGAAGGGAGGGAAGGGACUUUUGCUUAGUCAAUAGGAAAAUCUAGUGGUUUUGUGGUUGUUCGACGUCCUGUUUUAUCUGCUGGUUUCAGCAAUAGAUGCGUCAAUGAAAGGAACAUAGGAAGUUGCUUUACACCAAGCUAGACUAUGGGUCUCUCUGGUUCAGUAAUGUCAGAAGUGACUGGCAGCAGCUCUCUAGGGUUUCAGUCAGGGUUUCCCCCCAGUUAUACCUGAAGAUGCCAGGGAUUGUACCCAGGAUCCUUUGCAGGCAAAGCAGAUUCUCUGUCACCGAUGUACAAACCUUUCCCUAAAACAGAAGCUGGUUGGGUGCUGCUGUCAUUUUAGUUCCCUGGACAGCUGCCUCAACUAUGGGGAAAUUCUGACAAGUCAUUGUGCAAGGCAGUGCUGGAUUUUUUUGGGCGAAAUGGUUAACAAAACAAAAGCAACACCUCCUAAGCCUAGCAAAUCCUGAACCAAGUGGACCAGUUGUUGCAAAGGCAUCUGGGGGUGUGCAGAGUUCCUUUACCAAACACUUGUUAUCUGGGAAGUAAUAUUCCCUUCAUGGCUGCUGUCAGCACCAGUUACUACCAAACAGGAAUAGCAGAACAACCAGAGUUUGGUUCUCUUGUAAAUCCCAUGUCAUUAAAUACAGUAAAGGAAACCUUGGCAUUGUCCCUCAGUGUUUUACCCAAGGAGCUCUUCUUGCCAGGCCAAAAUGUGUUAGUGUGGAAAAUUCCUGGCAUUGUUGAGACCGAAAUCUGCAAUAUCGGUCUUAACAGAUCCCUUUGAAUUAACGACAAAUCAUUCUCUCUAUCUUAACGCACAGCUUCAUUUUGCAAGUUGAAAACAAGAGACUUUAAAUCCCUUGUACUGGGAUGCAUUGUUUGUUUUCCUGAUCUGCAGUUGACCAUGGGACUAGACUAAAGCAAUGAAAAGACAGUGCCACUCUUGCGAAGAUGGCCUGCUUUGGUAUAUAUAGAGUUGUUCCGUCAGGCUGGACUCUUAAGGGGGACGCCUUCAACCCUCUAGCAAAGGAUAAUAGAAUCAUGGAAUUGUAGAGUUGGAAGGGACCCGAGGGUCAUCUAGUCCAACCCAUUGCAGUGCAGGAAUAUGCAGGUGGCCCAUAAGAGGACUGAACCCUUGACCUUGGCAUUAUUAGCACUACAGUCUAACCAGCUGAGCUAACACAUAGAAUCACCUGGCUCUGCUCUAGGACAGGUUUAUCAUUCCCAGGUUUUCCAUGAAGCUUUUGUGUGGUCCCUUCUCUGUUCCAGAAUCCCAAGUUAAGGCUUUAAACUUGCCAGGAUUCCGUUGGCGUUUGUAGGUAGAUUGCUUCAGCAUAGUAUGGUUUGGCGCGCAUGUGCACUAGAUGCUUCCAGAACCAGGACACAGUCCAGCGAGUCUGCCCCGGCGGAAAACACUAAUUGGCUUCUUAGAUACCCACUACACUCCUCUUGCACACACUGCAUUUUGCGGCUGUCCUUCUGCUUGUUUGCCAUGUAUUGCAGAGAUCUUUUGCAAUGCUUACCUUGCUUAUCUCACUUGUAAAAUAGGGCAGGAACUGGUGCUGCAAAGAGCGGUCUGGUCCAGUUUAUGCACCUUGUACAGAAAUGGAAUGCAGAAUUUCCUUGGCUGCUCUCACCCCUUUUACUCAGCCAAACAUGGUUCUGGGCUUUCGCUGGAAUAUUGUGUGUCUCAUAAUGUAACCUACACAAUAUGAGACGCUAUUGCUCUUCAUCCUGUGUUGCACCACAUUUUUAAUUGUCUAGUCCCUGGGUCAGAUUGCCCUUUUUUGUUGCUGUUAAUCAAACAGCAUAUUAGGGAAGCCAAACUAAGGCCUGGGUCCUGGGGCUGUAAAGCUUCUCUUGUUAACUUCUAUUCUUGACACAGGAAAACUAAAUCAAUUCUGUGUAUUAAGGUACAAACAAAAACUUGUCGCUUCUAGCUGCAGCUGUGGCGUUUCUCCCCUCUCUGGCUUUCAGCAUUCAUUAGCGCCUGCAAUAAGAGCCCCUUGUUGGAAUUUGCCAACUACUUUUUCCCCCCAGGAGUGGUUUUGCAGAAAUUAGAUUUAUGUAUCUGAAUGCCAGCACAGAAGGGUGACUCAGAGCAGAACAGAGGUUUUUAAGUCUUGCUUACCACUGGACUGUGGCCUUUCAAGGGGGAUAAGGGUCUUCUCAGAGGAGAAGCGUAUCCUCCUAGAUGCCUCCCUCUUUCCCUCUUGUUUCUCUUUGCCUGCCCUGCUUUUGUUAUCUGUCUCAUGAAAGAGCGACUGUGCUGGAAGCCUCCAUUUAUGGCAGGCCCUGGCAAUUAGCAUUUCUUGGAUGGCAUCAUUGAUAAAAAUGCAGCAGGAGGAGGACGAGGAAAUGGGAGCAGUGGGACAAGAUUAGUUGUGUUCUCUGCAAAGCACUUCAGCGGCUUCCUGGGUUUUUGUUGUUGUUGAAACAAUUAAAAUUGGAAGAAAAAUCUACCACCUGUUGAUGAGCUUGAGCUCCUUUCAGCAGCAAGAACAGCAGCUAGCCAGAAUGGGGUUUGAAACUUGCAAACUUUGGCCACAAAAUGGGGGGAAAAGGCAAAUUGGUUACUGCUUGGAGCCAUCAGGUGUGGAACAGGGGUGAGGAACUUUCGUGUCCUGGCAGACUACAGCUCCCACCAUUCCUGGCCAUUGGCUGUGCUGACUAGGGCUGAUGGAAGUUGGUCGUCCAGCAACAUCUGGAGGGCACCAGGUUGCCUGUUCCUGGAUGCUCUUAGACCAGGGUGCCCCAAGAGUGAUCUAGGGCCAGCCAUUCUCUCUCUCUCUUAUAUUCCCUCCCCCCUUUGUGAGGAUAUGGCUAUGUGUCUGCCUUGAACUCCCUGGAAUAAAAACAUAGGAAUGAAGUAUAAGAAAUAAGAACAUUAUCAGGGGGACAUCCUGUUCUUCUUAUCACACAGCACUAAUUGCUCCCUUCUGCACCAAAGCUCAUUGAUGCUAAACCAGACUGAUUCCUGCAUUGCAGGGGGUUGGACUAAGCGACCCUUGGUUCCCUUCCAACUUCACAAUUCUAUGAUUCCAUGAAUCUUGUGUUGGAAUUUGCAUUUUAAGAAUUCUUUAUAUUCACACAGUGGCUGUCUUUCAGUGGAAUUUAUUUUAAGCAUAGCCAUACUUGAGGGCAAAUAACAUUUUGCAUUGGGGUAGGUUAGGAAGUGUUGGUCAUCCUACCGGAGUUUGUCUAAAACAGUUCUACCUUCCAUGUCAUUUUGCUGGCAUGCAUGGCAUGGGGGAUGCACACAGGCCUGAUCCUGUGCUUGACAGAUGAUGCUGGGUAAGUCCAGAAUAGGAAAGGAUUUGGCAACUGCGAGAGAGCCACGCCGUGGUUAGUGUGUUGGCCCAGGAACAGGCAAGCCAGGUUCAAAAAUCUAAUUUAGCUAUCUGUUCAUUGAGUUUCUUUGGGCUAAGUUACUCUCAGCCUAGCCUAUCUCACAGGUAGUGCCUGUUCUCAAGUAUAUAUGCCUGUUAAUGUAUUACUUGGGAUUAUGUUUUCUUUGCCGUCAGGUGCCAAACCAGCAGCCUCCGUCGACCCCUGGGGAGCCCCAGCAGUGCCCUCUGCUGCCCAGCCUGUUCCAAAGAAUGUAGACCCCUGGGGUCCCUCUCAGCCACCCUCUGUGGCAACAAAAGCCGCUGUUGAUCCCUGGGGAGCAGUGCCAGCAAACAAGCCUCUUUCUGCUUCUGGUAAGCAGCAUGUUUGCGACUCACCUUUCUGUUCCUUUUGGGGAAACCUCCCUUAGUGGAGUUCACAGCAAAACACAUGCCUGCUGGUGGUUCUUGCACCUGGGGGGAUGGUUGGCACUGGCACAGAAUCUUAACACUUUUGCGAAUGCACCAUUUAGAAAUAUUAUGGUCUGUCUUGGGCAGUGGUGGGUGGUUUUGUUUUACCUUUGUUUAGGUGAACUUUCUAGGCCAGUGGUUCCCAACCUGUGGGCCACAGACCACUCCCUCUCCCUUGACUGAGUUAUCCCAAGGGGCCAGCCAGAGUUUGAUUUCCUUUGCAUUUUGAGCCUUGCUGGUAGCACCUUGUCAGCCCUGCAGUGCUGGUCCAUCUUCCCCUCACCUGUUUUAGUCACUCCUGGGCCACGCUUGGUCACACAUGUGCCCUCUGAAGUGGAUUGACUUGUUUCUGCUCGGACCAGAGAGUGACCUGAAGGCCAUAAUGGCAGGUGUACUGCUGAAAAUAAGCUGCCUGAGCCUUGUGAGCCACCUGGAGCUUCACAGAGGUAGGGCAGAAUGUGAAUGAAAUCAAAUAAAUAAGCCCUCCAAUCUCUCUUAAGCCAAAGGGAGUGGAAUCACAUGCUCUGCUAAUCCUAAAGUGGCCACUCACAAACUGAUGCCCUCCAGAUGUUGUUGGACAGCUUCUCCCAUCACCCCUCACUAUUGACUAUGCUGGUGGGGGCUGCUGGGAGUUGUAGUUUAAAAUGUCUGGAGGGCACCAGCUUGGAAAAGGCUUGUCCUAAAGAGGUAAUAUUCUCAGUUCUGAUAGGGACAGUUUGGCCUCUGCUGGGACAGAAGGGGAAGCAGCUUCAUCUCUUGCCUUACAGAUUGCUGUGGCCUAACUGAAUCCCACUAACAGUAGGACCUUGUUGUUCUGCCCUGCAGGUAGUAAAUCUUUUGACCUCUUCAGCAACUUGAAUGGGGCAAUUAAAGAUGACUUUUCUGAAUUCGACAACCUUCGGACAUCUAAAAAGCAAGGUAUGUGUGAAAUAAAUGCCAAACGAAUGUGUGAUAAAGGUGCUUGAGCGUGAUAGAGCUUUGGAAUUUCCAGUUGCACCAGUCCUCUUUCUGCACACACACACACACACACACACACACACGCACACACACACACCCCUCCAAGUGUGUCUAGACUUACCAUAAAUGGAAGAUAAAAAGGCCAGUAUUUUGGAGGGGAAACUGCAUAUUUUUAAAAGCAUAUUUUCUGAUCUUUAUUUAGAACUUCGUCCUUCGAUAAUUUUUAAUCAAGAUGUACCUUUCAGGCUGUCAGUCCAAAGCCCGGAGACAUUAAAAAUGUCACAGUUGCAGUAAAUUCAGCCGAGGGCUAAUGGAGUAGAGGAUGCUGUAGAAAUUUGGCUUGAGUGGAAAUUCUGAGUUAAGAUUUUGAGAGCACAUGAUCCGCUGGGAAUGACUCCUCUGCGGGCACCACUGAAACAGACCAGAGUCGACCAAGACCAUUGUUGUGCAAGGCUCCCCCGCUGGUUUCAGUUGUGGUUGCUCUGGAAUUCCCAGUGCACUUUGCUCCAAAGCGUUUGGAAAGCUCCUUGGCUCUCCUGUUGCACUGUAUGUUUUGCAGCUAUUGAGAGACAGCAACUCAGUUGGGAUUUGAUUUUCUUGUGUGUGGUGGGUUCCGUUGCCCCCACAGAGCCAAAACGCAGCUUGUUCAUGGUGUGGCGGAAUGGAGGAUGCUGCCUUAUUCUAGGUCAGGCGUGUUUAUCCAUUUGGCCCAGUAGGCCUGGGCGAUGCCUCAAUACAUUGUCCAGGACUGGUUUGAAGGCCAGAGGGCAAUGGCGCCUUUAUCUGGCGGUAUAUUGUGGGAGGGGCUUGCCUGCCACCCUGCGCUUUACCUUCCUUCUCUGACUGCCAGGUGCUGGUGGCGGCAGGAGCUGAGGCACUUUCACCCCGGCGCCUCGUGGGACCAUGGCCGAAUGAUGCGCCUUCCUUUUCGACACUGCGAUGUAUCAGCCUAUCACGAUGUUUAGCUGGUGAUACAUCAUGAUGUUGAAAAGAUGAUGUCACCCAGCCCUAUAGCCUAGUAUUGCCUAUUCUGAAAGGCAGCAGCACUCCAGCACUUUGGGCAAAGAGAGAGAGCCCUUUCCGAUCUCCUGCCUGAAGAGGAAUUGAACAGAGCACCUGCUCUCUUGUUGAACCACGUGACACCUGCCUAGUCCAUCACCUUUGGGUUCUCUGUGUUGUGGAAAUCUAUGUAGAAGGAAAAGACCCACAUCUGACCUCAUCCUGCAUAUUUUAUAGCUAUGUAUUUUGAUUUAAGCGGUUUGUGUGAUCUGGCUAAAGGCAGGUCAAGCUGUCUGUCUCUCUCUCUUUUAAAUAGUCAAGCCCUUUGAUCAUGGGGCAUGGCUGAAUGCACAGUUUUGUAAUGGCAAUAGAAUAGAGGGGGAGUCAAAAAAUCUCAUGCUUCUGAAUGUCUUCUCCAUAGAGACAAUUAAUCCGUGUCUGUAUCCAACAGCACUCUAAAGAAGGAUACCAAGGUCAGUUUGUAGAAACUUUCUAUUAUCUUACCCUGUAAUUGCGAUUCUAGAGUCCUUAUUCUCCAGAAUGGGAAGGACUCGUGCCUGACCUGCUUUAGAUGCAACACCUUUUAAUGGUCCCAUUAAAUGAAGUGAUUUUGGGGGAAGUAAAAGCAAGCACACACACACACCAAGAUUUGAGGCUCUCUAGUGGUAGAAAGCUAUAACGUCCCCAUUCCCCAUGUUAGGUGUAUGUCUCAGCCUUAAAUGCAUUUACUUGGAAGCAACCCCAUUGAGUUCUAAGCACAUUGGCUUAGGACUGCAGUCCUUUAGCAUGGCAGUAAAAACAGGGACAAACGAAAUACAUUACAAAUACAGAAGCAUGUAUUCUAACAUGAAGGAAACAUAUUCCCCCCUCCCUUUUUCAAAAAUUCAUAUUUUCUUUUCUGGCGAUUCAGGUUCCUCUUUGUCAGCCCAGAACAGUGGCACGACCAGCCCUGACCUCUUUGACUCUCAGCCUGCCAACUCAGCCUCGAAUAAGCAAAGCACGGCUCGGAAAACCCCCGAGUCUUUCUUGGGCCCCAACGCUGCUCUGGUGAACCUGGAUUCCUUGGUAUCGAAGCCUCCCAAGCCAGCCCCUUCACUGAACCCGUUCUUGGCUCCAGGUACAUCUUGCUCUUGAGAGCAAAUUUGCUGUUCAAAUGGAGCGGGGUGGGGUGGGGACAACAGUCGCUAAAAACAGAAGUUGGCAUGCUUGGCCAGACCCAAGGGUUCACCCAGCUCAACACCCCACCUACUAAAGGCAGCUCAGAAGCAGGGAGAGGUGUCCAUCCCUUGUGACUAAUCCCAACCCUUGAUAGUUUACACGUGCUGCUCUCCCCCGGCCCCCCAGUGCUGAUCCUGUGUGUCUUCACAGUGGCCUUGCAGGGCAGGCUGCUAAUGUUGUUGCCAUUUUACGCAUGGCAAACAGAAGUUAAGGCCAGUUUUCUCCUGCCCACCUAGAAGUAUAUCCUCUCUGAAACGGAAGUUGUACCUUAGCUUAAAUUGCCACUGGUAGAGUUAAUCCUGUAUGUAACAAUUUAAUCACCGAGGGCAUAUAUGUAUGUAUUAUGCUGUAUCUCGCCAUUCUUCUAAGGAGCUCAAGGUAGCAUACAUGGUAAUUUCCCCCACCAAGCUGUUUCACUUCCCAUUCUCAGUAGGAGGACAGUUCUGUACGUUGGAGCAGCCUGUGUUUUUCUUUCCACUUUUAAAGCGGCUGCUUAUUAAGUUCGAUGGGUGGCUUUGCCUUCACGCAUUUUGAGAGCAAGUUCAUGAUUUGGGGCCAAGGUGGGCCAAAUCUGUUGCAUCUGUGCCCUGAGGAUGGAAGGGUUUUAUAAGGGGAGUGCUGUAGCCCCUAAGCCCAAGGGGAGCAUGUGGAGAUACAGUUGGAACUAAGCAACCACAAAACACAGUCAAGCAACCUUUUUUUGAGCUUCAGUGACUUGUUCUGGCUAUUUUAGUUCUCAGUAGUUUGAGAACACCCUCAGAGGAAGACAGCCAAAUUUUAGUAGCUAAUGCCCUGCCCCUCUUGUUAUCGGCGCUCACGAAGAAGCUAUUACCAGGGUCACGAAGGUCUGACAAAAAAACAAAUUGUGUACAAGGAAUUUGUAGCUUGGCAGUCGGCCCAAAUGUCCUAUCCUGGGAAAGUUCUUCUGUGCCAUUUUCCAGCUUCUCCCUCCCUCCCUGGAUAUGACUUGCUUAAGUUACACGUUCAUGACAUAUGUUAAAUAUGGGCCAGGUCCAAAGAAUCCGUGCAGCAGGUUCUGUGCAUCCAUGAUUGCUCCAGGCUUCUGUUUUCAUGCUUCAUGCUGAGCUGCUUUUGGAACUUGGAAACUCCCCCUAAGGCUUUCUCUUGUUGAAAACAAAAUGCUAAUAUAUCUGACAAGGCAUGCACAAGCUCCAAGGCACGCCCUGAAAGUAACCCUCUGCAUUUUGUCUGUGGAGUGCCUGUCCUGUUUUUGGAUGUUAACUCUGCUUGUCAAGGCUGUCCAUCUACAAAAGCGGAGAGGAGAAAUCAGUAUACAGCAGUCUUCACCAGUGGGACCGAUGGCAGCUGUACUCCAAAACAUCUGGAGGGUGCCAGGUUGGCAAAGGCUGGCACAGAAUUUCCUUUGAAGAGCAGCCGAGUAUAAGGCUGUGUUGUAUUGACUUAUAAAGCCCCGAACAACCUGGGGACCUGGAUGCCUUUGCCCAUAUAAACCACACCAGCUCCUGAUACCUUGGGAGGAAGCCCUCUUGGUUGUGCCACAGCCUUCAGAAAUUCAUCUGGUGGCAACUGGGGCGGGGGGACAACCUUCUCUGUCAUGCUCAGUUUGCGGAGCCAUCUCCCCCCAAAGUAAGGCAGGUGCCAAUCUUGCUUACCUUUUGGUGCCUCAUGAAAACAUGGUUAUUCACCCAAGCCUUGCAAGGGGCAGGGAGUUAAUGAUACCUGGUUUAGAGAACUAAUGGAGUUUAUGGUUGUAUUCUAAAUUGCAUGCAUCUAAAUGCGCUUUUAUUGGUUUCAGAAUUUGCUUAUUGAUAGCCUUCUAUGUAAGGUUUUAAACUGCCCUGGGAUUGGAAUGGAAGGGUGGCAAUAAAUAAAUAAAUAAAUAAAUAGGAAAUGAAGGGGGGGGGUUAUAGGAAUGUGUUGCAUUUGUUGACUUAGACAAAAGUUUGGGAUAACUCUCAGGUUCUCAAACCUUACCAAUGAGGGUGAGCGCAUUUGGAAAGCGAGACGUCGCAACGCCUUGGUAAACUCUGCAGAAUCGUGUCUUGGUUGUGCUAGGAAGCUAUUGGCAGUGGGGCAAUAGCAUUUUCUUUCCAAAAAGUUUUUCUGGCAACGUUCAUUGCUAAGAUGUGUAACCCUGUUGCCCUCUAAAGAGAUGUCACCCUAGAGCAGAGGGCAUCACACUCUUCUGCCUCGGGUUUUGGGGGAGCCUGGGCAAUGUAUUGGGGGAAGCUUGGACCGGUGUGAAAUCUUGUCUUGUAUUUGCGCAGACGACUCCCUUUCAAAUCAGAUAUACUUAACAGGCUCACGUGCCUCUCUUGCCCCCACCCCCUUGUCUUUCCCCUAGGAACGGCCGCCGCCGCUGCCCCUGCUGCCGCCGCUCCAGCUCCAUCGCUAAUCAACCCCUUCCAAGUGAAUCAGCCUCAGCCCCUCACUCUCAAUCAGCUGCGGUCGAGCCCCAUCAUGGGAAGCAGCCCAUCCUUCAGCAGUGUGCCAGCGGCGGGCAUGGAGCCUGUACCUCUGCCUUCUGUGGCACCGGUGGCGAUGGCACCCAUGCCAGUCAUGGGCACCGUGGCAUCUCUUACUCGAAUGGGCCAUGGGAUGAACGUGGGGCUUGUGGGCGCAGUGGCUCAGCCUCUUCACAGUACCGGGCUUCCACCCUCGGCCUCCCAGCCUGCUAACGCUACCAAUCCUUUCCUCCUAUAA